AUGGAAAUAGCUUUCCUGAGUAAAAUUUGUCUUCUAAUUUUCAUUACUUUUGUGAAUUGUGAAUCUUGUGGACCAAUAAAACCCGAUGAUGUUAAUCUGGUGUAUUUCAAUGACAUUGCGGUUAGCGUAAAUCUAGCAAAUGUCACUAAAAUAUUCAACCAUGAAGCAUUUGACUCAGAAAAGGAAACUAUCAUCUACACUUUUGAUUUCUUAGAAAAAAUUGACUCAAUUAGCAAUCAAAUCAUUGCGGAACCAUUUCUGAAAGAUAGCGAUAGAUUUAACUUUUUAAUACUUGACUAUGGAAACUUUUCUGGUGGAAAUUACAUUUUUGAUGCCGUUCCUAAUGCUAUCAAAAUCGGCAAACUCUUCGCCAAAACUUUAGUUGAUCUACAUGAAAAUGACUUCAUUGACAUCAAUCAUGUAACAUUGAUUGGAUUCUCACUUGGUGCCCAUAUUAUGGGAGAAGUGGGAAGGACAAUUCAAGUGAUUUCUAAUGAAACUUUAAAAAUUCCUCACAUUGUUGGUUUGGACCCUGCAACUCCUGCUUUUUAUCCACUGAAUCCAUAUGUUGUUGCUUUGAACGUUUAUGAUGCUGGGUUUGUACAAAUAAUUCACACUGAUGCUGAGAAUUUUGGAAUAUCAGUUGGAACAGGACAUAUAGAUUUCUGGCCAAAUGGUGGUAGUAAUCAACCCAACUGCCCUGAAUUUGAUAAAACAAACAUCUUAAAGAUUGAAAACCAAUGCAGUCAUUUGAGAUCCGUUCAAUAUUUCGCUGAGUCUGUAAAUUCUCCGUCAGGAUUUAGUGGAAUCAAGUGUGACUCGUGGAGAAGCUUUCAGAAAAAUAUUUGUUCUGGUCAUCACGUCUACAAUUUGAAUUAUUUGGGUUUUAAUGCAAACACUCAAAUUCUUGGAGAUUUUUAUUUUUACACAAACAGCAAAGCUAAUUUUUCAAGAGGACUUGACGGAAUCUUCAAUUUUUAUUCACCCGAAUCUGUACGAUCUACAUGA